UUGUUUGGUCGAUAUAUUUAGUUCCAAACAAAGCUUUUAGCGAAUUUGUUAUUUUGCUCGACGGUGCUAUUUAUUUUUAAUUUGCUCAACAUGGAAGUAAUGGAAGAUGGAAAUUUAAUGGACAAAGUAACUGUUUUAAUUCAGAGAGAUAUGGAAUAUUACAAGGCAAAUCAAUCAGUUCUUCAAGAAACUGUCUGUCCCGGAAUCAUUGGCGGACGUUUCGAUUUUCCUAGAUCUGCUUCAUUUGCAGCCAUCAAACUGGCUGUGUGGUGGGAAGAUGAAUUUAUUGCUGCCUACAGGAAACAUUUGCAUUUUCACAAUGAACUUGCAGGAUUUUUCCAAAAAAGCCUGAUGGAAGGAGCUCGAGAUAACAGUGAAGCGUCUGGAGGCUGCGGUGGGAUAGUGCGCUCUUCUGAUCCGGCAAAGUUCAUUUCUACCAUUGGAAAAUCUGCUGAUCAAUUGCUGAAACACCUACACGUUCUCACGCAAGAAGCUUUGGAUCAUGCAGACCUAACUGUUUUAACAGGUAAUUUAGUUGUUGUAAUGAACCUUUGCAUACUUUGUAAAAAUUUCUUGCUUAGGUACGAUUGGGGCAACAGCGCUUUUGAAAAACUGCUUAAGAUUUUACAUUCAAAUUUUAAUUCAUUUGCCAUUGUUGGUCACUUUUCUAUUACAGGUUAUAAGAAAUACAAUGAGAUGUGCGAAGCUCUUGCUGAAAGGCUGCUGGAUUUACAUUGCCGGCUUCUAUCGCUCUACAUAAUCCAAGAUGCUGAUUGCUUAGAUUGGGAGAACGACAAACCGUUUUUUGAAUCAGAACGCGGGUCGUAUAUUAUACAAAUGUGGUGGCUUUAUAUGCAAGGCACCAAAGAAGACCUUUGGAAUACAGUUCCUCCAAAGAUGGCUCAAAGAGUAUUCGCUGGAAUGCUCAACGAGUCACUCACAAUUCUGACGGUUCGUUAUUCUCAGUGUUUGCCAUCGGAAGCCAGAACUGAGUUGCUUCUAGUUGAUAUCAGCAAUUUGCUGUUUUGUGUCGCUCAGCUAUUGCCAUCCAUUUGCGAUACAGUUCAAGAUCUAACAGGCAGCGGCCAAAUUACCAAAAGCAAAAUGUUGAGGGACGUUCACGUGAAAUGUCAGCAGUUGUAUUGCUGUUUUUUGCUGCGAGGCACUUCUUUGGAUACUUUGCAUAAGAUUUUUAAAAAAGGCACUGACAACCUUAAUCUACUGAACCCCAAAGGAGCUGCGCCUACUCCAUGGAUCAUCUUUGCUUUACCCAACAUUUUUAAAGAUGGAAACAUUUCCUUAAACCGCCUGACCGAAGUGGAAGAAUGCAGCACUUUGGGCAUGGAACUGAUGGUUUUGUUGGCUCAACCACAAGCAAAUUGGGCUCUGUUAUUGAAGGUUCUUUGCAGCAAAAAGUUCAAAGUUCUUCGGAUACUUUUGAACGAGUUCAUGGAAAGAUCCAAUCAAGAGUUGCGAAAGACGCCUUUAAAGGCUGAAGACUGCGGCAAUCUUCUCUGUUCAGGGGAUGGUACAUGCAAAAACAUGGACAUAACUUCUUCAACAUUGACACCAAACCACUACUAUGAACUAAUAAUGUCAGCCUCACAAGUGUUGCUGCAUGUGGGAAAUGAGGAAGAGCUGAAGGAAUAUUUCGUGGAAGUUGUGAUGCGACACUCGAAUUGGGCCAAGUGUUUUGAAAGACGCAAUGUUUGGAAUCAAAUUCGCCCCGCAUGGUACGAAGCAAUAUUAAACAUAGUUUUCCCGAUAUUACCAGUAGUUGAGGAAACUGUUAUUAAUGCUUUACAAACUGGAGCAACUAUGUACCAGGCGAUGUCGUUGAUUGUUGCUUGUUUCAGCCAGUUUUGGGAUAUGUUAGAUCCGUCCUUGACCAAAAUAUCGUAUAUUCUGCAGGAGGUAAUACCUUCAGAUAUCACUCCCAUUAGCAAUUCUGUAUUAAUGCAGACUCUGAUGAGCGCCCUAUAUUCCAGCUUGAUUAUGGUUCCCGAAAAACUCAGUCUGAAAAAAGAAGUAACAUUUCACUUGAGUGAAGGAGCAAAACCCGGUAACUUGGAGACGAAACUGUCUGAGCGACCAUUUAAUAGUGCAGGAUCAGCUAAAAGUGCUGCUUUGGCCGCUGCAGAACAUCUAUGUAGUAUAGAUGAAGACAACAAACACACUGAUCAGAUCGACGAAUUUCUAGCCCAAAUAGAUGAAGCCAAGGAUGAUCCAUCAAUUUUUGUCAAUGCAGGAGCGGACAAAAUCGGCGACAAUCAGAAAGUUAUUGAAAUCAUUGUAAGCGACUUGUUGAUGACUGUUCAAGGAAAACAAAGUCUAAAGACACUGUAUCAUUUUGUGAAACACAACAGCGAAUGGGUGUUUUGGAAAUUAGGCAUUAGCGAAAAAACGGAACUAACUCCCGGAAACAAAGUCCUAAAUCCACCAGAUCCUUUGGUUCACAAAAUGUUUCACAUAGGAUAUCGGCCUUUUGAUCAGUUGCUUACGCGACAGCUUAAGCCAAACUGGCACCAUCUUUUGCAAACAUCGUUGGGAUUAACUUUGGAGAAAGUCUGGAAUCAAGUUUCCCGUCGUUGGGACUUUCAAAGUUCAGCGUCUUCGCAACUUAAAGCAGGGGACGUGGAUAUUGUAAAUAAUUUGUCGCUAAUAUUGAAACAGUGAUUUCCGAUAGUAGACAGGAUUGUUUUCAACUUAGCUUUUACGUUAUAAAGCGCUUAGUUACUUUGUCUAGUACAAAGGUCAAAUUUAAAUUUGGAACUUAUGAAAAUGCCUGCUGCAACUGGGCGAAGCGAGAAUUAAUCUUGCUGUAGAAAUAAGUAGAACAUUCUAAUUAUACUUAUCAAAGAGUUGGGAUGGAAAAUUAAAAUUCAAAGCUUCAAAAGUGGAUUUGGAAAAA